GUUGUAGGUAGUAAAAGGGUUUGAAAUGAAAUAACCGUUUGACAAACCGCAUCAUCAUCCAUAAUUGACCCCCUCCAAUAGCUAGUUAUUAAUCGAAAAUGGCAUCAAGUUUAAAAAGUUUAUCACAAAUUUGGCAUAAGGAUCCAACGUCAAACGUUAAUGUUGAAGAUAUUAGUAAUACAUCUGCUGUUCAUGGCAGUGGUAGCAGGCGUCAACUGUCUAGACAAUUCAAAAGUGUUUCGGAUACAACGAGGAGCCAAGAACAACCUACAAGGAAAAUGCUUUUGCGAGGACGUGGGGUGCUUUCCUCCAUAAGUAAUCUCAAUGUAGCUAAUGUGCCCAAGGAAACUCGCAAACUCAUCCAAGCUGGUGCUGAUAAAGUGAACCAAACAUUAAAUGGUGUUCGGAGCACUUUUGAUACUUGGUCUCAGAAGCUCAAAAAUAAUCCAACUAGACGUAGACAAAGACUAGUUAACAGUUCCCCUUACACACCAGGAAGAGGAAAAGAUACACCAAAAUCAAAACAGUUAUUAGGAAGGACCCCUACUAAGCUUUACAGCCCUUUUGGCAUUGAGACACCAUCUGAUCGACGCCAGCGAAAUCAUCAGAAUUUUUAUGGAAAGCCCGGCACGUAUACCCCCACGCGAGCCGGCAGCAAUAAGCGUUCUGGCAGCAGCAUCGUUUCGGGACCCGCCUUUAAUGCUGUUUCCGUGUACAGCCCGACCCAGGCUUUCCCGAAGGAUGUUCAGCACGUUCGCCAAGGUGUAGAAGAUUUCAACCGGGCAGCUGAGGGCGUAGUGCGUCGCUCUCUGAGACAGCAGAUGUCCACCGCCCACCUAUAAACACUCAGUUAUAUUGGCUUCUUUUUGUCUUCAAAUCUAAAGCUUAUUAUUUUUUAAUAUUUUCCACAUUCCGUAAACGUCCUCCACUUAUACCCAGCUCAUUUGGGAGGCAAUUCUUUUCGCAGCACCUUCUCAUUGUUUUUGCGAAUCAUCGACGCAAUUUAGUCCCAUAGCCCAGCAUUACUCAGAUCUUUUUUCACUCUUUCCUUCUUUACAACCAAAGACAAUUUCACCAGGAAUCUCAAACAAAGCUCCUACAAAAAAAAAACUUUCGUUUUUUUCCACAGACAUUUUUUCUUUUGUCGACAUGGAAAAAUAAACAACGUGUUUCUUUUUUU